AUGGCAAGAUCAAAGGCAGACGCUCGGCCCACUAGAGACAACACAACACGAAGUGGGAUUCAACUAAGCACUACGAGGAUACCUAGGCAAUCUAUCUUGUCAAGCCUUCAAACACCAGACACUGUCGACGCCUCUCAGAGGCGGAGAUCGAUAGCUUCAACAACCACUCCUCCCCGUCAAAUCGGAGAAAAAGGGGUUACACGGACCUUCUAUGGCCAAGCGAUACCAAAAAACCGAUUCCAUAUCCUUGUGAAGAAAUACCGCAAGCACGGAGUGUUUGCACCCGUGACAUCACGAGAAUUGCAGGGGCUAACGGGUCUUAGUCUCAAGGAACGAGCUGUCUACAUCGGUUUCCGGAAGGAAGGGGAGACGUUUAGCCGCAGUAAGCUCACUGAGAAAGACCCGGGAUUCUUGUAUCUUUGCAUCCCGCUCAUGCUUGCCGGGGGCGACUUAAGUCCUCGUUCAUCUUUGAAUCUCUUAUCCAACGUCGCUAUUUUGGUCCACAAAUCUCCGAGAAUGCUUGAGCUUUACGAAAGCAUCGACAAAGAGACACCAGAAGACGUACCGGAAGAGCUAGACAAUCAAAAAAAAAACGAGCGUACCCCUCCACUUUAUGAGUCCAAUCCGGACAAUGAAGAGGAUCCGGAUCGGCCAAAAGGCACUGCAGAUGAGCAAAUGACCGCCUACGGUAUACGAAAUCGUGACGUCGAAUCUAUUCUGAAACCUCUGAAGGAAGUCGAAAAUAAGACAUUCCAGGCCGUGGACGAUAGCACCAUCAUUGCCGCCAAGCAGAGAAUAAUGUCCGAAGGAAACAGUUCGAGUACCAGGACGCGCCUCAAACUGGUGACACUGGUGCACUUGCACUAGUGUUGUACAAAAAGGAGAUCGAAGAAGCCGAGAAUGAUCGUGACGAGAAACAGAAGAUGAAGGAUGAGAUGGUGGCAUUAGAUGAGGAAAUUCAGCGGAAGCCCGAGCUGAGACCUCGUAUUCCGGCUGGUGCGGAAAUCACCGAGGGGCGGAUGACCAUCAUUAACGACGCAAUGCGAUCGCUU